AUGGCUGUCUUUGAUCCUCUUCCCGUUGCAGCCAAUAAGAACCUAUCGGAUUUUGCCCCGGCAUUAAGCGGAGCCGUGGUAACUGAUGAGGACACCCUAGAACUUGCAAACGGCACGUUCUUCCUCGGCAACCGUGACUGGGGAUCCAAGCUGUUCAUCCGUCCUUGUUACAAGGAAAUGGCAGACCUCAUCUUGAGCGGUGAAGUUCGAGAUGUCGUGGUCAUAGGCACUCCCGGAAUCGUCAAACCGAUGUUCGGAUACUAUUAA